UUCAGAGCUACUGUUUUUAAUUUCAAUUUCACAUUUUAAUUUCAAGCUUUAACUUGUGGAGUCCUUACAUGUUGACAGAAGCAAACUGAAUCAAGCAGGCUCCGGGGGACGUAUGGUAAAUAUGUUUGAGACAAACACAUGACAAAUAGAUGCAUAUACCCCUGUUCAGUGUAAGCAGGCUCCUCUACUUUUAUUGUUUGGUCAACAGAGUCUUUAAACAAUCUACUACACAAUGAGUUGCUCUAGUUAAAACUUAAACCGCUGCAAGUGUGAGCUGUUUUCUCCUGGUCUCAUCUAAAUAUCCGUAACUUUAGCAGGUUUUCUGUUUUUCCUGUGGGACUGUAGGACUACUACAAGAUUCAACACAGCACAGUUUUUCUUUUUUCUUUUCUGGCUAAUGCAAGAUGAGCCUCCACAAAAAAUCAUCUAAGAGAAAUGGUGUUGCAGUUGGGGAUCAGCUGAAUGGAGCUACUAAAAAACUUUUACCAGAAGGGCUCAAGGUAGUUCCCCUGUCGCCUGCAACUCUGGCAACAACUCUGGCCCCAGCUGACCAGCUCUGGAGCACCAGUAGAGACAAGGCAGUCAAGCUGAGGAUGGAGGGCUCAGGCGCGGCCUCAUACACUCCAAUCACAAUCCAUCAGAUGUUCCUGGAGACGCUGGAAAAGUACCCAGAUCAUCCAGCGUUGGCUUUCAAGAAAGAGGGCCAGUGGGUGUUUUGGACGUUUAGGCAGUACUAUGAGCAGUGCCGGGCAGCUGCUAAAAGUUUCCUCAAGUUGGGGCUAGAGCGUUACCAUGGUGUGGGAAUUCUGGGAUUCAACUCCCCUGAGUGGUUCAUCGCAGACGUCGGCUGCAUCUUUGCUGGGGGUCUGGCAACUGGAAUUUACACUACCAACUCGACUGAAGCUUGUCACUAUGUGGCUGCCAACGCUGAGGCCAAUAUCCUGGUUGUGGAGAACCAGAAACAGCUUGAAAAAAUCCUGCAGGUUAAAGAUCAGCUACCUCAUCUGAAAGCCAUUGUGCAGUAUAAAGGCGAGCUGCAGCAGAAAGCACCAUUCCUGUAUACAUGGGCAGAGUUCAUGAAGCUGGGAGAGGAUGUGCCUGAAGCGCAGCUGAAUGCCAUGAUUGACAGCCUUCGAGCCAACGAGUGCUGUACGCUCAUCUAUACGUCUGGAACCACUGGCAACCCCAAAGGAGUCAUGUUGAGCCACGACAAUCUGACAUGGACGAUCCGAACAACAGUUUACAUGAUGGCUGUUAAACCUGCUGAGGAGGUAGUGGUCAGUUACCUGCCACUCAGCCAUGCGGCAGCCCAGGUGUUUGACAUUUGGAUGGGUAUUUGUUAUGCCAUGACCACCUACUUUGCAGAGCCAGAUGCUCUCAAGGGCUCCUUAGGAACUACACUGAAAGAGGCUCGUCCAACUUGUUUCCUGGCGGUUCCUCGUGUGUGGGAGAAGAUGCAGGAGAAGAUGAAAGCUGUUGGUGCCAAGGGAUCUCCAUUGAAGAAGAAAGUGGCGGGCUGGGCCAAGUCCAUAGGCCUGCAGCAUAGCUACAGUGUGAUGAACGGAGAGAAUGAGGUGCCGUGGGGCUUUGUGCUGGCUAAUAAUCUGGUCUUUAAGAAGGUGCGUGCUGCACUGGGCUUAGACCGCUGCAGGUUUUGCUUCUCAGGCGCUGCUCCCACAAGCAGAGAAACAUUGGAAUACUUCAUGAGCCUGAACAUCCCUGUGUUGGGGAUAUACGGCAUGAGUGAAAGCUCCGGCCCACACACCAUCUCCUCUAACGAAGAAUACCGUAUCACAAGCUGUGGAAGGCCGAUAGCAGGUUGCAAGACAAAGCUGGACAAUCCAGAUAAAGACGGGAUUGGAGAAAUAUGCUUCUGGGGUCGAAACACCUUUAUGGGCUACCUGAACUCACCUGAAAAAACAGCAGAGGCUAUUGACCAGGAUGGUUGGCUGCACUCUGGAGAUCUGGGAAUACACGACCAGCAUGGUUUCCUGUACAUCACAGGAAGGAUCAAGGAGCUGAUCAUCACUGCUGGUGGGGAGAACAUCCCUCCUGUGCCCAUCGAGGAUGCACUGAAGGCUGAAGUGCCCAUCAUCAGCAACGCCAUGCUGAUCGGAGACAAGCAGAAGUUCCUCUCCAUGCUGCUCACUCUCAAAUGUGUCGUGGAUGACAACGCUGAGCCAACAGAUGAGCUGACCCCCGAGGCUUUGGACUUUUGCCAGCGGAAUGGCGUCAAAGCAACCAAGGUGUCAGAGAUAAUAGCCAAUAAGGAGCCAGCUAUCUACACAGCCAUCCAGGAGGGUUUGGAGCUUGUCAAUGCCAGAGCAACGUCCAACGCCCAGAAGGUCCAGAAGUGGGUCCUACUAGAGCGAGACUUCUCUAUAAGUGGAGGAGAACUGGGACCCACCAUGAAACUGAGGAGGCCCGUUGUUUUGAAGAUGUACCAGGAGAAAAUAAAUGAAAUGUAUGCAGUGGCAAAACAGUAGUGCACAGAGAUGAGAUAAUACUGAAGAGAAGCAGUCAUGAAAAACUUGGGGCAUGUUUCUGAACAUUGUAUCAGGCCCAGAGGUUGCGUUGGGAAAUGAAAGUUAAGAGCGAAAAAACUGAAAACAUAUUCUGAUUGUGUUGUAUUAAAAGAACAGAGAUUUGUGCUAUUUUGUUUAAAAGGUAACAUUUUUCUUUGAUCAAUCAAUAUUUAAGCUAUUAAAUGCA